AGCUGUAAUAUUAUUUAUGGCAAUAACAACAUUUUCUUUCAUAAAAAAAGUGCCUUUUUUUAAAAAUUUUCAAAUUAACCCAAAAUUUGGCCGUUGGAACUUGGGAAGAAGCAUUCAAAAUGUGGGGUCCACUAUACGGUGAAAAAGAUUGAAGUUCUUCCGAAAAACAUGGUUGGAGGAGACCCCACCAUAGAUAAAAAGGUUUCAUACCAAAGGCUGAAAUUUUCCUCAUACCCUUUAGCCACUGUUUCCCACAACAUGGAGUUGAGGUUUCUCCCUUUUUGCUUUUUUUAUUUUUAGUUUAAAAAUUCAAAUUCAAAUGAUUUGAGUGUUUAAUCGGAAGAAAGAAAGAAAAACAACACACAGAUUCACACAAAUAGAUACAUACAAGUAAAGAAGAACCAAAAGGGUUGUUAAAUUUUGGAUCUUUUUUGAGUUUUAACAGACAUGGGAGAAACAACUUGUCUCAUGCAAGUUCAACCAUUUUCUUAUGCUUCUGGUCCACCCAAUGAAGCCAAUGAGGGGAACCCAAUUCAUGCAUUUGGGCAAUCAAUCUCUUUUGGGAGGUUUAUGUCAGAGUCCUUAGCUUGGGAAAAAUGGUCAACCUUUUCUAAUAACCGUUAUGUUGAAGAGGCUGAGAGGUUCUCUCAGCCAGGCUCAGUGGCUCAGAAGAAAGCUUUUUUCGAAGCUCAUUACAAGAAUUUAGCAGCUAGAAAGGCAGCUGCUGCAGCAGCGGCCUUGCUUGAAAAGGAAAAUGCUGCAGCAUCGGCAAACUCUGCUGCUCUUGAUAAACAUCCUCAACCAACCCAAGAUUCAAAAGUUUCAAACUUUGAAGCUGUUGUUGAUGAACUGGGACAACGAAAUCUUGUGGUUAAUGGAAAUGGGCAUUGUCCAAAGAUCGAAGCUUUUGACUGUAGAAAAGUGGUUGAAGUUUCAAGCAAUGUUGAAAAUCAAGAAGAGGAAAAACUGAAAGAGUUGAAUGUAACAGCAAAGAUGGAAAAAUCCAUAUCAAAGCCUGAACAAGAAGUUUCCAAGAAGAAAAUAACUCUUUCUUCUUCAAAAUCUUCAACCAAAUCUUCAGCUUUCACAAGAUUAUCGACCAAAUCUGCAGCUUCUACUACUACUGCCACUCCAUUGAAUAAAAGACUAGUAAUAGAGCAGGCUGAUAAGAAGAGAUCAUCAACUCCAAAAUCCCUUCACAAAGCUAUAAAUUUCACCCCCAUUAGAGAGCUUAAUAGAAUAACCUCAUCAGUCAUUAGAAAGAUUGAGAAUUCUAGAAUGGGUGCCAGUUCUUCCAAGGCAAAUAAAGAUCUUUCCACUCCAUUAAGAACUCCAAACAUGGUAUCUAAGAAUGGGGUUCGGCAGCAGACUCUAAACACUCCUUGUUCAGCAAACAGAAGGGUUACAACAACAACACCACUCAAUCCCCCAAACGCAGGAACCAAAUCAUCUGGACCAAAAUGGCGGUUGCUCCCUACAGAUUGUUCAAAGUUUUUCAGUGGUAGCAGAAACAAAAUAAGAUCUCCAUUUUCAUCCACUCCUUUCAGCUUGAGGACUGAAGAAAGAGCUGCAAAAAGACAGGAGAAGCUUGAAGAAAAAUUCAAUGCGAAUGAGGCAAAAACCGAGCAGCUACAAACAAAAGUCAAGGAAAAACCAGAAAUAGCAGCUGGGAAUUUAAAUCCAAGCCUUUGCUUCAAAGCCAGGCCAUUGCCUGAUUUUUAUAAGCAAAGAAAACCUCAACAGAAUGAGAUGAAAAAGGUUCCGGUUACUCGUCCUCAAUCACCUAAUUUGAGAAGCAAGCCUACUCCUACCAAAGUUGAGAAGAGAACUUCUCAAACUCCCAAUAGGCCACCAGUGAAGAGCAAUGGCUCUAAACAGAUUCAGGGAAAGAAUGCUCGUAGUCCAACUUGUUCUCUCAUUUCACGGCCCACAAGGACGACUACGAUAACUCAUGAGAACAGAUCUCCAAAUAUUCAGCAGGGCUUAAUGAAAGCCGACGAAUAUAAGCUUUGAAGAAUCCCCGGAUAUUAUGUAUGCCAAAAGUUUCUCCUGAAUAAUUUAGACAUAAUUCAUAAAUUCAUUCCAAGUUCCACUUUGUAAUUAGUAUUGAGUACAUAAUUCUUUUGUUAGGACUUAUAUUCUGGGAUAUGAACUAUGAUAUAUGUGGUUUUCAAUUGUCUUUUGGUACUAAAGAAAGCAACUUUUUCCUCAAA